AUGGUGCAACAUGUUUAUACUCAAGUCACCAGCUACCAAGUCUUACAGCGGGAUUUCUCUACCAACACGGCAUUGGUAAAACAAGCCAAUGGCGAAGUACGCUCGCUCCCAAUUGGUGGACCUUAUACCAUAAACAAUGCAUCAAACGUACUAGUUGGCGAUGUUUGGGUUAUGAGCGGUCAAAGCAAUAUGCGUGGAAACGCCUUUUACAGCGACCCGUGGGCCGAUCCACCCACCACAUAUCCAGAGUAUGUCGAUGGCAUGGUUCACUUGUUUCAAUCCAACGAGUCUUGGACCCUCGGUCACGAACCAACGCAUCGAAUCGACCAAUCGGUACGCCAAGUUGACUAUGACCUACCUGACCCGAGUGUUAGCAAUAAAAAUUACUACAAACGCCGAGGUGUUUCUUGUGGAAUGGCCUUUGCCAAAGCAUACAGAGAACGAAUCGACGUGCCUGUUGGACUUAUGGCAACAGCCCAUGGCGGCACAAAUAUGGCGCAAUGGAGUCCACAGUUACUGGAAACGACUGAUAACCCAUACAACAAUACACUCUAUGGCGCCAUGCUCGGUCGAAUUGGCAAGAUUGAGAAUCAAGUUGCCGGUAUUUUAUGGUACCAAGGCGAAUCGGAUGCCGAGAGCAGUGCCCUUUCGGCGGAAUACCAGCAAAACCUACAGAAUUUUAUUAGCACCACACGAACCAAACUCAACAGCACUCGCCUCCCUUUUGUAUAUGUACAAAUCUCGCGUACCGUCAGCGAGGAUAAUAACGACAGCGGCUGGAACGAGGUCAGAGAGGCACAACGAUUAUUAAACGACAAACGCUGGGAUACGGAACGUGUUGGUGCAGUCUCAAGCAUCGAUCUUGAAAUGGAUGAUUAUAUUCAUUUAUCCGCAGAGGGUCAAAAGGCGGUUGGUCAUCGGUUGGCGGUUACUGCAACGAAUUCCUUAUUGAAAAACAAGGCGGGCACGAGCAGUCCAACAUUUGGCAACGUUACUUUUGAGCAAAAAGCGGUGGCAGCUAAUACCACAUCCUCAUACGCUAUACAAUCUACUUUAUUGGUUCGAUUUAAAAAUAUGGACGAAGGCGAGUGGAAGUCUCAAGAUGACGAUAAAGUUCUUGGUUUUACGCUACAUGAUAGCAACGGGGAGCUCGUAAACGUGAUUUACAACGCAGAAAUACAACAAGACAAGAAAAGCGUACGACUGUUCCUGACAAGAGAUGCCAAGAGCUUGGACUCAAAGAAUGUAUUUCUAUACUAUGGAUACGGAAUGGAUCCAAUUUGUAAUAUGGUUACCAAGAGUGAGAUGGGCUUACUCACAUUUGGACCGGUACCAAUAGAGCUUAAUUAUUAG